AUGUCGAGUUAUAAAAAUGUGGACUUCGAUCAUAUUUGGCCUUCCGUUCUUGGAACUAUUCACUCAGUGAUCAAUCGAAGUCGAUAUGGAUCGACAGAUAUACCAACGUGGCAGACAAGAUUCUUCGAUAUUUACAAUCUAUGCAGUGCUACGCCCUAUCCAUUCGCAGAGAGAUUAUACGCUCAAACGAAAGCAGCUCUGGAGAAGCAUUGUAUAUCAAUGGAUGAGGAAAUCAACAAAUCAGAACAAAAUACAUUGAGUGUUUACUUCAAAUAUUGGAAAGAAUACAGUAUGGGUGCAAGUUAUUUGAAUAAUCUCUAUUCAUUUUUGAAUAAUCAACUUGUAAAGAAACGACCGAUGGUGGACCUGGAAAACUAUGAAAUGGCAGAAUUUCUUUCCGAACUUGAUGAACGAUUUUUUAUUGAAAUCGGGGAAUUGGCACUCGAAUCUUGGAUAAAACUUAUCAUAGAACCGUUGAAGGAUCGACUUGUCAGAUUACUACUCGAACAAAUACAUCUGGAUCGUGUCGGAGAGGGUGUCAACCAAACAACGAUCAAAGGUGUAAUUAUGUCAUUUAUUGAAGCGUGUCAAUAUCGAAGGCAUAAUACAUUAGGACUGUAUGAAGAAUCUUUUGAAAAUCUGUUCCUACAAGAAACUGGUGAAUAUUAUCAGAAAGAAGGAGAUCGUUUAAUAGAGAAACUCGAUCGUGUGGAAUAUAUGAAAAAAGUUAUAAAUCUAAUCGAUGACGAAGAAUUUCGCAGUCGGAAAUAUCUAAAUCCAACAUCUUAUCCCAAAGUCUAUCACGAAUGUCUUCAACGUCUUGUUUGUAACCAUUUAACCUUCAUAACAGAUGGAUGCGAUGAGUUUAUUCUCCAAGAAAAUCUCGAUGCUCUGAGAAAUAUGUAUAAGUUAUUAAAACCGACACAGGCUGGUUUAGACCAUAUGGUGAAAAGAUUUCAAGUGAAUAUGACCAAUAUUGGACAUGAACGAAUGCGGUGUGUCAAAGGAGAAAAUUUAUCAGCAUUGUUUACUCAAGUAUUAUUGGAAAUUCAUGCGAAAUAUCUGAAUAUCGUACGUGAUAUUUUCUCUAAUCAUGCUGAUUUUAUCUCAGCAUUUGAUAAAGCUUGUGCAAGCAUUGUGAAUACGAAAUAUGAAAAUCGAUCGUUAGCUAAAGCAUCUGAACUACUUGCUCAUUACUGUGAUAGUAUUUUACGCAAAUCAUCGAAAACAACCUGUGAGAGUGAAGUAGAAGAGAAAUUGUUGAAUGCGAUAACAAUAUUCAAUUACCUGGAUGAUAAAGAUUAUUUUCAACGUUUCUAUCAAAAGAUGCUCGCGCGUCGGUUGAUCAAUCAACAAUCGACUUCGAUAGAUGCAGAAGAAUUUAUGGUUACAAGAUUGAAGGAAAUGUGCGGUUACGAAUUUACUAAUAAACUAGCACGCAUGUUUCAAGAUAUUAAAGUGAGCGAGGAUCUAUGUAUGAAAUUUUUCGAAUCGCUCAAAUCGCAAUCGAAUUCGACCAUCAAAAAUCAAACAAUGACACAUCUUCUCGGUUUGGAUUUCAAUAUUUAUAUUUUACAAGCAAACUCAUGGCCUGUUUCUCAAACUCAAAAUAACACCUUCUCCAUCCCACCACUAUUAGAAAAAUCAAUUCGCUCAUUCGAACUAUUCUAUAAUGAACAAUACAGCGGGAGAAAACUAUCCUGGCUUCACAAUCUAUCGACCGUCGAUGUGCGAAUGUUUUACUUUGAUCGUCCGUACUUUGUUACUAUGGGUACAUAUCAGAUGGCGGUACUAAUACUGUUUAAUGAUCAUCAGAAGCUGUCAUUGAAAGAACUUGAAGAAUCAACGAGGCUCUCGACAAAAGAACUCGAAAAACAACUCUCGAUUCUAAUUGAAAAUAAAUUAUUAUUGCGCGAUGACACGGAAUUCCAACCUCAGACAAUUAUUUCGUUAAAUACAGAUUUUAAAAAUAAACGAACAAAAUUCAAAAUAUCUACAACAACUUCCAAAGAAGUUCACCAUGACAUCGAAACUGCUGAGCAAGCCGCAGAUGAAGAUCGAAAAUUUUAUCUUCAAGCUAUCAUCAUGGCUAACAGCAUUGGACAUGAGAAUGCUGUUCCACCAUCUGUUGUCAAUCAUCACGAUAUCAAACAGUGGCAACACUGUUCACUAUUCAAUUUGGAUCUUUUCACCGAUGAUAAUAAUUCAUUAAAUUUGACAAAAGAUAUCGAUAAUAAGAUCGUUGAUGGUUGUUGUUGUUCAUCAUCAACACCGAACGUCGAUGAUUCUUGUCAAAAAAAUCAUUUGAAUCAUUCAUGUUCAUUUGUUGUCCUACAAAAGAAUUACACAACACAACUUGAACAUGUUGCCGAGACUUUGUUAGCAGACGGGAAUAAAACACCAAAUAAUUGUUGUUAUUGUUGCAAUCAUGAAGCAAACGAUUCGAAAACACAAUCAUUGAAUCGAAAAAUUCUCCUCGGCUCAACAGCGAUUCUCGAUAGUUUACUACGUAAUAAUUUAAAGUCCUUAUCAGCAUCGUCGCAACCCGCAACAGCAACUACCACGUUCAAUCAUAGUUCAAAAACAAAUAUGAAAUCGACCGGAAAUCAACGACGAUGGCAUUCGGAACGUGGUAGUCGCCAUCCGAAUGUUCGUGCUAACUUACCUUUAACACCCGCCCAACGCCAAGUUCUCGAACGUUAUAUGAACUAUCCGUUAAUAAAGCCGCCGACAAAUAUUCGCUCGACACGUCGUUUACAUCAUCAUCAACCGUUAACAGGUAAAGCAAGCGAUGCCACUGGCACUGCUCUCUCAGCGCUUGUUGAACAACCGACGACAAUGUCCACUGCUGUUAACAAUCUUCGUAAAAACAGUGCCCCACCUAAUCAUACUCGACCAUUAUCAUCAACUUCAUCAUCAGCAUCCGCCAUCUCCCAUCAUAGUGCAUUAAAUAGACGAUUUCUACCAGAUACGAUUAGAUCUCGCGAAGUUUCUGACGAAGAGGAGAACGAUGACGACAAUGAUGAUGAUAAUGAUGACGACGAUGACUCAAUUUCGUCUGAACUCGGUCAGACUAGUGACGAAGAAACUAGUGACACAAAUCCAACCACAAUAAUCUCCAACCAUCCUAUGACAACAUCGGAAACUCUCUCCGAAUGUGCGAUUUGUUGCGAAAUGAAACGUCUUCAAAAACGAUCCUGUUGCAAUUUCUACGUCUGUUCAACUUGUUUAAAUAUUUAUGUUGAACAACAAGUUAAACAAGGUAUAGUACGAAUACAAUGCCCCAAUCAACAAUGUCAUACUUAUAUGCAUCGAGAUGAAAUUAACAAACGGUGUAUAUCGCCUGAAUUGCGACAGAAACUGACGAAAUUUUUAGUCGAUGCUAACCGUUCGAUUAAUAUCAAAACAUGUCCACGAUGUUCAAAUAUUCACGAAAUUGAUCUCGAAGUGUAUCGUUCGAUGCGUCGUGCGCCGACUAAAGUUCAAUGUGUUGAGUGUAACUUGAUUUGGUGCUUUCAAUGCCAUUCACCGUGGCACGAUGGAAUACAAUGUAAAGAAUUUCGUCGCGGUGAUCGGAUGUUAAAAAAAUGGGCACGAGAAGUUCAUUAUGGACAGCAUAAUGCACAGCAAUGUCCUUCUUGCAAAGUAUAUAUUCAACGAACGAAAGGAUGUGAUCAUAUCGUUUGUCUGCGUUGUAAAACAGAAUUUUGUUAUAAAUGUGGCGGUCGCUUUCGAGAUAUUAAAUUUAUCGGCGAUCAUUACAGUGAAUUGAGUGUUCUCGGUUGCAAAUAUCGUUUCUAUCCAGAUCGACCAUUCAAACGACGACUCAUACGAGGUUCCAUUCUUUGCGGGAAGAUUUUAGCCGCACCUGUUAUUCUCUGUUUGGCUAUGGUAGCCGGCGCUGUUUGUGCUGGAAUUGGAUUGCCUGCUUAUUGUUGUUUCAUGCUUGUUCGACAUAUUAAGACGAAACGACGCAGACGUCAUUCGAAAUUGAAAGAACCUGUUUUGAUGAGUUAUAAAACAUUGAAUGACAUGGUUCCUCAAUUGAUUCCACGUGAUCCUGUGAACAGUGAUGGUGUUAAAUCAGGUUUUCAUUCAAUUCGAUCGAAUAUUCCAUUGAACGAAACAGUCAACAUAGAUAUAGAUCCAACUAAUAAUGCUCCUAUUGCUGUUUUUGAUGAAUGUGAUAUUCAUAUUCCGACAAAUCAAACAGAAGAAGCAAUAUCUAUUCCGAUCUCUUCUCUCUCAUCAACUUAUAUUCCGACAACAUCACCUAACUUCCCUCGGUUGACGCCGUACACUACAACACGAAAUUUGUUAUCAUCGAGACCUAAUGUGUAA